AUGGCAGGCCCAAUGGAAAGAAUCCAAGUCCUUGAUGAUAUCGAAAAGGAUAUUAUUACUUGCUUGCAAUGUGCUGCCCAAGCUCUUUUGGAAUUAGGUAAAGAAAAAUCAAGCCAGAAGCAAGCUGAAACCAAUACAUCACAAUUUUUGCGAACCCUUAGUCAAGUUGAAUCCAAACUAAGUGAUCAAAUAAAUUACUUGACUCAAGUAUCCACUGGCCAACCUCAUGAGGGAUCUGGAUAUGCAUCACAGAAAGUGUUGCAGAUGGCUUGGCAUCGAUUAGAACAUGUCCGUUCUUGGGUGAAUGAGUUGGAUAGACUAAAAGCUUCCCAUUUGGCUUCUGCUAAUCGCACUUCUGCAGGAAUUCCAAAUGGCAGUAUGACAUCUUCUGGAACAAGUACCUAA